CCCAAAAUUACCUUUCCGUUUGCUUACUGACCCUGAAUAGCCGGAAUAUACUAUGCAGCUCACUCCAUGGUAUAAGCUGAGCAAUGAAAAUUAUCGCAAAGGCUGGUACAUGCCCCCGAAAUUCAACCUUCCUUUCACGGGUGGCGAUGCCCUAGCGGAGUAUGACCAAAGAGUAGUACUCCGUAGGUAGACAUCCGAGGUGCUUACAUCACCACUUUAUGCUUCCACCAAGUAGGAGCGGGGGUCAAGAGUCUUGAGUCCUUACCUAGGUAUUUGCUAAAAUCAGACAACGGAUCGUCAUCUGGCCUUCCCUCGAGUGCGGUCGCGCUUGUCAGUUAUAAGGAGAGUAACUUCCCUUCCUCCAAACCUUCCCCGCCUUCUUCCUCCUUAGGCACCGUGCUACCUAGGUAGUUUUCUAGAUUCGAUUCUUUCUUUUCGCUAUCUGUUGAGGCCGAGAAGAGAAUACAAUGACCGUGGGAUCAUCCGUCGUGAGGCCUUGGCCGAAAGUGCCUGUCGGCAAUAAGGAUCAUACGCAGGCUGCCGUGGUCAUUAUUGGUGCGGGUAUCUCUGGUAUGUGCAUGGCCAUAGACCUCAUCAAGCGCAACCACUGCCAGAAUUUUAUAAUUCUGGAGAAGAGCUCUAGUGUCGGUGGAACAUGGCAUGACAACAAAUAUCCUGGAUGCUGUUGCGACGUAUGGAGUAGCCUCUACAGCUACUCUUUCGAACAGAAUCCCGACUGGACGAGAGAGUAUCCGGGGCAGGAAGAGAUUCUCGACUAUCUCCGCAAUGUUGCCAGCAAAUACAACCUCUACAAGUACAUCCGGUUCAACACUUCUGUCGACGCCGCACGAUGGGAUGAUGAGGCUUGCAAGUGGAAGGUCGACGUCAAGGUCACCGGCGGGAAGGAUUCCGAGUUCGGUCCCAGCUACACGAUCGAAACUGACUUUCUCAUCUCGGCGGUUGGCCAGUUGAACCAGCCCCGUUACCCUGAUAUUGAAGGGCUGGAUAGCUUUAAGGGCAAGGUCAUGCACUCCGCUCGCUGGGACUGGAGCUACGAUCUUCAGGGUAAGAAUAUUGGCGUCAUCGGCAACGGUGCCACUGCCGCUCAGAUCAUUCCCGAAAUCCUCCCCUUAUCCAAGUCCCUCACCGUCUACCAACGCUCCCCGAACUGGGUCAUCCCCCGUGGUGACGGCCCCGUCUCUCCUCUCCGCCGCUUCCUCUUUCGCUAUGUCCCACCUCUGCGCUGGCGUUUCCGCGCCCUCCAGAUGGACUUCCGCGAAUCAUUCCACUCCGCUGUCUUCGACGCCAAAUCUGACUUCGCCAACCAGAUCCGCCAAUGGUGUCAAAACAUGCUACAGGCUCAGGUCCCAAAUCGUCCAGACCUCUGGGAAAAGCUUCUCCCCAACUAUUCCCCAGGCUGCAAGCGCGUCAUCAUCACCGACGACUACUACCCCGCUAUCGCUGACCCCAAGACUACGUUAGAGACAGGCAGAAUCAAAGGUAUCACAGCCGCCGGCAUCGAGGUGGUCGAUGAGGCAGGCAACACCACAACGCAUGAGCAUGACCUCAUUGUGCUAGCCACUGGCUUCCGCACGGUCGAGUUUUUGCACCCCAUCAAGAUUACAGGCACUAAUGGCCGGCCCCUUGACAAGCUCUGGUCGCAAGGCCCGUCUGCCCUAUACGGUACUACUGUCCCCUACCUCCCAAACUUUGGUAUUUUUUACGGUCCCAACACGAACCUUGGCCACAACUCCAUUAUCUUGAUGAUCGAAGCCCAAUCACGGUACCUCAACACGCUUGUCGCUGCCGUCCUGGACGCGCGUAACCGCGGCGAGAGAUUGGCGCUCAUGCCUAAGGAGUCCAAGACGAAGGAGUUCAACGACAAAAUCCAGGCCAUUCUCCAGAAAUCCAGUUUUGCGGAUCCGAACUGCGGAUCUUGGUAUAAGAAUAAGGAAGGCAAGAUCACGAAUAACUGGUCCGGGACUGUUAUCGAGUACCAGAAUCUUUUGUCCAAGGUCGACUGGGAGGAUUACGAGGUUGCGGCUGGGCCUGUCAGGAAGAAGGGGGUCAGUGCUAGUAGAGUGGUGUUUGGCUCGGGCAAGAAGGAGACCAAGAUUGGCAGGGUGAAGGAGGAGACGAGUGUGAGUAAUUUUGGAUUAGUCAUGGGAGCAUUGAGUGUGGCGGCGGUAGCGGGUGCGUGGUUGUGUAGGGGAAAUUUGCCUAAGAGGUUGGGGUGGUCUUAGGAUGGCAGAGUAGGUUUAUGCGCCCUCACAGCAUCAACUCUCUGGAGCCGGACAUUGCCGCCAGAUAAGAAAAUUUGAGGUCCGUACUGCCACAAAGGGAAUGGCUACAGCACUUUAGGGCGACUGGCUGAGCUUUUUAUGCUCACUGUCCCUUUGACGAUGGAUUUUGGCCAAUAUGAUGCAAGCUGUGGGAACCGACCUAAUUUCUUCAGCUGCUAGUGAAUGUGUAUGCUGUACGGCAUUGAUUUAAUUCAU